CCCCACAGACACAUGGGCUGACUCAAAAGGCAAAAGGAGACGUAACGCCGAGCAAGAAGAAAAAAUGCAACUUUGACGUGUCCACUCGCUACAUAUUAAGAAAACACCAAUGUUCGUGCGCUCUGCUAGAUUUUUCCAACAUAAUUAAGCUAAAAUGGGAAAGAGAGACAAUCGAGUGGCCUACGUAAAUCCAAUCGCCGCUGCACGAUCCAGGGGACCGGUACAGAACUCCGGCCCGACCAUACAGGAUUAUUUAGGCAGACCUCGACCAACAUGGGAAGAGAUAAAAGAGCAGCUGGAGAAGAAGAAGAAAGGCUCGCGAGCCCUGGCUGACUUUGAGGACAAAAUGAAUGAGAGAUGGAAGAAAGAGCUGGCAAAGAAUCGAGAAAAGCGGUUGGGUGCUAGCGACAAGGACAAAGAAAAAGACAAAAAGGCAGCAGAGCGAGAAAAAGACGAAAAGAAGGAUAAAAAGGAGAAAAAGGAGAAGAAGAAGAGAUCCAGUAGGCAUUUUCCAUCAUCUUCCUCCUCCUCAUCGAGUUCUGAUUCCUCCAGCAGCUCCUCCUCAGAAUCUGAAGAUGAGCUCGAAAAGAAGACUGUGAAGAAAAAGCGGAAAAGAAAGAAGUCGUCAGCCAGGAGAGCAUCAGAUGACUCAGAUGCAGACUCGGAUGCUGAAAAAAAGAAGAAAAAGAAAAGACUUAAGGACGAAAGUGAUAACAACAAGGAUGACAAAAGCCGUCGAAGGAAAAUUAAAAGUGAGCCAAAGUCAUCUGCCGAGUCAGAUAGAGAUGAGAUGACUGACACCAAGAAGAGAAAGAGAAGUAGUGAAGAAAAGGAUAAAAUCACAGACAAAUUGAAGAAAAAGCGGAAAAAGAAGCACAAGAAGCACGGCAGAAAAAAGAAGAGAAAGGUGGCAUCUCAGUCUGACUCUGAGCUGGACUAGCUGUGACUUGACUGUUCCCUACUUGUGCUAUUUUUGCUUUUUUUUUUGACCACCAAAAACAUCCAGCUCAGAUUUGAACAAUUGCAGUGCUGUGCUGAGGUCGUGAAGCCUUGUUAAAUCAGGUGCAUCUUUUUUUUUUGGGGGGGGGGGGGGGGGGGGGGGUUAUAGCGGAUUUGUUGACUGCAGGCGCCACCUCCGCUUUUCCAGUGUGACUGAAUUGUCCCUUUGAGGAGUUAUCUGCUUGCUCCUUUGCAUGGCGAGCAGAACGCUUGACGUCAUGCCAGCCUCAUAUUGAAGUUGGACCUGUAUGAUAAAACACCUCCGUUCAUUGCUGCACAACAGUGCACGUUUGAAUUGGGAUUUCUGAAUAGUCACAUUUUAGCCGUCAUUGCGGUUACUUAAGGAUGACAUUUUGAAAGUUUGUUUAGGAACCCCCAACUACCUCCAUCCAUUGCUUUUCUUUUACUGUUACCCUGCAUGUUGUUGUUGUUUUUUUUUUUUCAUUAUUAAACUGAUAAAAAGACGA